CCCUCAGCCAUUUUCGAGUUCAACGUUAGUGCAAUGCGAAUGCACAUAUUGACGAUAGAAUUUCCCGUAAUCCUAUCUUUUCUACAGAUAAUUGCAUGUUACAGAAGGAAAGAGUGAUUGAGCAGAGAUGGUAGUUGGUGGAGGGGCCUCCGGUCCCGGGAGAGGCCCCGCGUGUAGCUCAGGGAUGAACGCAAAAGACCUCGCAGAUAACGAUGACCUCGCCACUAGCCUUAUACUUGACCCCUACCUCGAGUUCACCACACACAAGAUGAACACUAGAUUUCGGCCCGUGACAACACGCACAGAGCAUUUGCGUUACGUCUUACGAAUGUUCAAGGAAGACGAGAACUAUGACAAGGCCUACAACAGGCUCAUGGCCUCAGGAGACUGGGCUAACGUUUUCCUCUCCAACAAGUCAAAGCUUCAAGUACAAGUAUUCAAAGAACAUGUAUUCCGUUACCUGGGUAUGUUUGACACAGACGCUGGUUUUGAGAUUAAGCCUUGCUAUCGAUAUUCACUCGAGGGUGAAGGAGGGAAGAUUGUGACGACAUGUCACUGGUCCAAGCACGAGAAGAUAGACAACUUGGUAGGCUGUAUUGCCGAGCUGACAGAGUUUGAGGAGAACACUUUCCUCAAAUCGGGAGAGAAUGAUUUCAGCAUCAUGUUUUCAAUGAGGAAGAACUGUGCCCAGCUGUGGCUUGGCCCUGCGGCCUUUAUCAACCAUGAUUGCCGUCCCAACUGCAAGUUUGUGGCCACAGGGCGCGACACAGCUUGCGUUCAGAUCUUGCGGGACAUAGAGCCGGAGGAAGAGAUCACCUGUUACUACGGAGAAGACUUCUUCGGGGAGAACAACUGCUACUGCGAGUGUGAAACUUGUGAGAGACGGCAGAGUGGUGCGUUCACGCCCAAGGACUCGCCGGACAAGAAAAAGGAAACGCCAAAGUACAGUCUCAGGGACACCAACAAGCGCAUCAUGCGACUCAAGAAGCAGAAAAAAGCCACCGGUAAAGAACAGAACAAGCCACCAAAGCACAUCCUACAUAGAAGCGAUUCAGAAAGCAGCCUGAGCUCAACAAAUAGCAACACGGUAACUUCAUCCAAACAAGUACUAAGCACCAAGCCUCGUUCUAACCGACGCCCUCUGUCCCCGUCAAGGACAACCAAUGAGGCUCUAGUCGACAUCCUAGCUGAGCAGAAAUGCCUCUCAAGAUGCGAUGCUGAACUCAUGCUAGCCGAGGGCUACAAGGUCAGGGGUUCAAACCCCAUCCCGAUAAAGGAUGCAAAGGUCCUCCUCACACCGCACAAGUAUGAUAAAGACACAAGAGUUCUGGUAGCUGGUGGUAGUGGACGAUCGUUGCGAAGCCGACGGAAACUCGAGGACGUCAUUGGACCAGCCAGUAGGCAAAGAAGGGAUAGGCAAUCAGGAAGGACUAGAAACUCCCCUUCUCGUGUCCAGAGGACUAAAGAAACAAACGUGGUGAAACUGUGCAGCCCUGCUGGACGCCAGGAAUCCGUUGCUUUGCGCUCACCUUUGCGUCGUUCAGGCAACGAGGAUGGCGCCCCAGUGGCGGUUGCAACGGAACUGCAUGUCGACACCCACGACCGCUCAAGGAAGAAAGUUGUUCUCCUCUCGCAAUCAUUGCCUCGAUCACGGAGGAUGUCCGUAUCCCCAUCAUCAACUGUUCAUUCGUCCUCAUCUUCGCCAUCUUUUAAACCAUCGACACCCUCGCGAAAAUCGCCAUUGUCUAGAGCCGCGGUAUCGCCUGUAAGGACGUUAUCAUCUCUUCUUUUAGCUCCAUUGACCCUGACAAAUAGGACUAUGUCAAACUCUAUACUCGCAGAGACCAAGGCUUUUUCCAGUCAUAGCAUAGAUGUACCAACAGUCAAGCUAAAAGAAGAGAUCAAUUUAUCAUCAAACUCUCAGUCGAAUGCAGCGAGUGCAGGCACUUGGGGUAGGACAAAAGACGAUGAUGAUGAUGAUGAUAUCUUUAUUGUAGUCGACGAUGAUGACGAUGAUACCGAUGAUGAUUAUCUUGACGCUGUGGAGGCGGUGUACAGUACGCCUAAUCAUGUAAGUCCGUCACCGAAGACCCUUGGAUGUGAAUUCACCGAAUUGUCGGACGGAGGGGGUACAGCUCAGGAAAGUAUGGGACAUGAGAAAAGGAAAUCGCAGAAAGUGACACAGAAACGGAUAAUGACUUACGAGUCUAGGAUUUCUGAAUGCAAGACAAAGUUGACGAUCCGUGGAAUACCCCAACUGGUAUCACAACCUGUAGAAAGUUCAUUGAACCCCAAAUCGAGGGGACAGUGCAACGGGGAAGUCCAGAGCGAGAGCGCAAGCUUAGCGAAGAACGCGACAUCUGCCAGCCAGAUGAGAAGAAGCCGCAAGAGGCAGAUGACCAAGUCGGAGGACACGACCAGUUCUGGAGGUCCCCCAAGAAUGAGUUGAAACCCAACCUGUUGAAGGUGCCGCGCCUUAAGAUCCGUGUGAAGGACCCAAACGGUGACAUCGAGGAGGUCGUCACGUCAUCGUCGGACGAGGAACGCAGUCCUCAUC